AUGGCAUCUCAGAAUGGCGCCGGUGAAUUCCCCAUCAUAGACUCGCAUAUCCAUCUAUAUGCGGCCGGUCACAUCGCGUCGCUGAACUGGACAGCGGGCCUGUCACAGAACCAUCCGUUGAACAGACAAUGUUCCACACAAGAAUACCGGGCAGCGACACAAAACCGCUCGAAUCUGCUGGGCUUUGUCUUCCUGGAAACGGACAGGAAGUCCGGGCUGAAGGACACCGAGUGGCAAGAUGUUCUUGACGAAGUCGACUUCUUGAUGAGAAUCGCCCGAGGAACCCCGCGAGACGGCGAGGACCAUCGCCCAGAAGACAGCAAGUUGGUGCUCGGGGUCGCGCCAUGGGCACCGGUCCCUGCUGGUGAGAAGGUCUUGGCCCAAUUUGUACAGGAAGUUCAGCAACAUUGCGGCGACAGAUGGGAUCUCAUCAAGGGAUUCCGCUAUCUGGUUCAAGACAAGCCUGCCGGGGUGAUGCUGCAACCGCAGUUCAUCGAAGGUCUACAAUGGCUGGGGAGGAAGGGUCUGGCGUUCGACCUGGGCGUAGAUGCUCGAAUGGGAGGGCUUCAUCAACUACAGGAGGCCUGUGAGAUGAUGGAGCGAGUCUACGUUGGCGACAACGAUGUCAAGAUCAUCAUCAACCAUCUCUGCAAGCCGAACCUGCGACUGACCGCAUCCGAGGCGGCCAGUGGAAACCCAGACUUCACCAAGUGGAAAGAAUACAUUUACCAGAUGGCGUCGCACAAGUCAGCAUAUAUGAAACUGUCUGGCUUCUUCUCCGAGCUCCCCAAGCAGGACGAAACCCAGCCGACCGCCAUUUCGACCCUGGUGGAGCAGACGCGGCCGUGGGUAGAUGCUGUGUUCAAAUCAUUCGGCCCAGGCAGAACCAUGUUCGGCUCAGACUGGCCAGUAUGCAACGCCGGUGGACCAGGGGUCCAAGCCUCCUGGGGACAUUGGCAUUCUUUGGUGGCCGCGAUCCUCGACGAUCAAGGGCUCACGCCGGAACAGAAAGCCCAAGUAUGGUCAGGCACGGCCAUUGAGGCAUAUAACAUCCACAUUAUAUAG